AUGUUAGACCAAGGAGUUAUAACUCCUUGGUUAGACUACAUCCCAGAUAGCAAAGAGUGGUCGCGCCAACGUCGGCCCGACGACUUUGCCUCCGUCGGGCCAACGUUGGCAGACGACGUCGGAAAUUUUCUCUUGUGUACUCUGCUUCUAGGCAAUGUCCUGGUAAACAGCACCUUGGCAAUUUUAUUUGAAGAUUUAACUUCUGGUCCCAUUGCUGUGGUUGCAUCCACAUUGGGUAUUGUUAUAUUUGGGGAGAUUAUUCCUCAGGCCAUAUGCUCCAGGCAUGGAUUGGCAGUUGGAGCCAGGACAAUAUUACUUACCUAUAUCUUCAUGGUAAUUACUUUCCCAUUAUCUUUUCCAAUAAGUAAAAUUUUGGACCUGAUUCUCGGAGAAGAAUUAGGUACUGUGUACAAUAGAGAAAAACUGAGAGAGCUUGUCACUAUGACCAAAGAUUACAAUGAAUUGGCAGCUGAUGAAGUGAAUAUCAUCACAGGAGCAUUGGAAUUGACUAAGAAAACCGUUGGUGAUAUUAUGACAAAGAUAGAAGAUGUGUACAUGGUAGACAUAAAUGCAGUUUUAGACUUUGAGACUAUGUCCACUAUUGUGAAAACAGGUUACACAAGAAUCCCAGUAUAUGAGGAAGAAAGGCCAAAUAUUGUGGCCCUGUUAAAUGUGAAGGAUUUGGCAUUUGUGGAUCCUGAUGACAAAACCCCUCUGAAAAUUGUGUGCAAAUUUUACAACCACCCCAUGCUAUUCGCCUUUGAGGAUUCAAAGUUGGAUGCUAUGCUUCAGGAGUUCAAGCAAGGUCAUUCUCAUUUGGCCAUCGUUCAGCGUGUAAAUACUGAGGGCGAAGGAGAUCCAUUUUAUGAAACUGUGGGUUUGGUCACAUUAGAGGACAUCAUAGAAGAGAUUAUCCAAUCUGAGAUUGUGGAUGAGACAGACACUGUUAUUGACAAUCGUAACAAGAGGUGUCUGGACAAGAACAAACGUGAUUUCUCAUACUUCAACCAGCCAGAUGCUUUCCACAAACCCACCAUUUCCUCACAGCUGGCUCUGGCAGCAUACCAGUUCCUAUCUACAACCGUGGAGCCAUUCAGGGAAGACUUCAUCUCUAAGCACGUCCUGCAGCGCUUGAUUCGACAAGACAUUGCAAUAAACCAUGUCUACACUGAAAACAGCAACAACUUCAUCUACGUGCGGGGUAAAGUGGCCGACUACUUUGUUCUGCUUUUACAGGGAAAAGUAGAGGUCGAGGCAGGCAAAGAAAACAUGUUGUUUGAAGGGGGUCCUUUCAUGUACUUUGGAAUACAAGCUCUCACCAAUGCAAGCAGCCGCUCCCUUCCAAAACAUCCCAGUCUUAGCAGCAUCAGCAGUACAGACACAGCAGCAUACAACCGGCCAGCACACUAUGUACCAGACUUCUCAGUGAAGGCCACCAUGAAUCUGCAGUACUUGAAGAUUACCAGGGCACAGUAUAUAGCCGCCAGGAGGGCCACCAUGGUAGAAAGACACCCCCGGAGCCCAGCAGCAGCAGGUAACAAUACCCUAACGGAUGACACCUUUGCUAAAGAGUGGAAGCGUGCUCACUCGCAUGAAUCCCCCGUGACUGUGCAUGCAUCACAGGAGCAUGACUUGAACAAGUCGUUUGAAGUGUCCCCCUUGGGAGAAGGCAGUGAGAGGGAGUUCACCUCAGAUACUGAUACUAUCGACCUUAAACUGGACUCCUACAGUAAUGAGAUCCCCCUUACGCAUGACCAGUCUAAGAACAGCAGUGAAAACACAAAGCAGGAAACCACGGAGAGAUCGACACUGCUGUAAGCAAAGAUAGAGAACAUGGCGAUGAGUAAAAUAUGAAGAGCUUUGAUUAACUUAAUGCUGGAUAUAAGAAAAUGAAGAAUGUAACAUGGUUUGUGAUUGUAAGACUUCUGUUAACUGAACUCCUUCUACUAUAAUUAGUUUUAGCCAAAUCAAAUGCUAACAAAUGCAAAAAAA